CCUCUGACUACUACCGGCGGUAGUUCUCGAGGCCGGAAGCAGCGGUGGCCUAUUCGGCACACUAUAGCUAAGCUGUUGAGCAGAAAUCCCGGUCCCGAUCCCACUGAUAUCGACCAAUCGAAGCCCUCCGAUCACAGACAAUCUCCCCCUUCUACGCCUGACCCACCACCCCCUAGUCUAUCGCCAUCUCCCGUUCUCCUUGGGGGGCCAUCGAUAUCCCUCACAUGAUGCCCCACGGGCCCAUCAUCCAUAGCAACACUGAGACACCCCACCCACCACCAGGACGCACAGGCGUGAACUUAGAUGCCUCAUCGUCAACAGAUCGGACACCGUCAUCUUCAGCUGUCCCUGCUGGUGACGGAAAGAAAACAAUCAUCGCCGCCACAAAGCUCGUCCUUCAAACUGCCGCCUCUGCCCUUAAGUUCGCCCCUAUUCCAAACGUCGAUCAGAUACCAAAUAUACUUCUGAAAUGGCUCCAAGUUUACGAGACCAUCGACGACAACGACGAAAAUCUCAAGGGAUUAGACGAUGAAGUUCGAAAGGCUCAUGAAACGAUUUUCAGGCCAGUCCAGUUGUGGACUGGCCAAGUUCCUCUCGAAAUAAGUGAACUGAUUGAACGAUUUAACUCAGCUCUAAAACAACAAUUAAAGGAAAUAGAGGCACUCAAACGUCAAAAGCUUGCCAAGAGGGUAAUUUUAGCGACUGAGAUAACGCAAGAAAUAAGCGCCGUACAGUCGUGCAUCCGUGAUGCUAUCUCCCACUUUUCGGUUCGUCUCGUCUACGUUCAAGCCAUUAGAAGAUUGACCGGGCGAUUCUCCAUAGGCUGCUGCGACAACUCUAAGUCUCCUUCACACAAUUCGGGUAUCGGUGGACUAUGAACUCUCAAAACUCCACAAAGCAAAUGCGGGAUAUCUUGCCGUGAAAAGCAAGUCGGAGUGCCUGGAAAGUACGCGUGUCCAGAUACAG